AUGGUUGGAAAAGUCAGCGAGCGCGUCCUCGCGCGGGAGGGUCUCGAGCGAACCGACAAUGGCAUGAAGCAGAGCAGCUGGCCGGAUGUCGUCCCCAUCAAUCAAAAGAACUACUACACCGAGUAUAUGAAGCGUGACACACAAAUCCUACCACUGCGACUUCAAUUCGAUGCGAAUCUGGACAGAAUUGCGCAAAAUGCCAAGGACAGAGAUCGCGAGCGCGCGUUGAAUCCCAAGGGGGAGGUUCCGCUGGGGUUGCCUGAAGAGGACGAAUAUGAAGCCCAGGCCGAAGACGGCAGUGUACCCGGCAAGAAUGCCUCGGAUCCCUCACGAAUCAUCAUCAUCCACCCUGGCAGUCAAAAUCUCCGGAUAGGCUUUGCAAGCGACGCAUUACCCAAGACGAUACCCAUGACGCUGGCAACACGGUUUCCCCAGACCGAGGCCGAGCAGUACGAGGCGCUCCCCCGGCGACAAUUCGAGGCCAAGACUACCGACGAGCAGUAUGGAGAGGAAUGGUCAAAGAAGUACAACAAGAUGUGCAGCGACUUGAAGAUCGAUAUGCGCGCGAACAAGCGAAAAGUCCUGCCAAACUCUAAAGAGCUGGUGGUUAAUUACAACCGGCGGGCCGACCCCGAGGUCAUUCCUGUUCACAAUGAUCCUUUGCAGGUCGAGUGGACUGAUGUCAAGUCAUUGGAGGAUCCCAAUUCCGUGGCAUCUUGCUUCAUUGGUAACGAAGCCCUAAGGGUCCCUGAUGAUUCCAACCCAAAGUUCAAGUUAUGGUGGCCAUUACAACAGGGUUGGCUGAACGAGGACGACUACACCGCGGCAGAGCACUUGUACGACGAUUUUGAAACUCUCCUUGAUAAGGCGAUCCGACAAGAGCUUGGCUUGACAAAAAACAGCUCCUGGAAACACUACAGUUGCGUCUUUAUUAUCCCCGACUUAUACGACAAGAAGUACGUCGAACAGGCACUGCGGUCGUGUAUGAACUGGUUCGAAUUCUCAAAGACAUGUUUCAUACAAGAGAGCAUGGCAGCAACAUUCGGGGCUGGUUACACACAGGCAUGUGUCGUUGAUGUUGGCGCGCAGAAGACCUCGAUCACCUGUGUCGAAGACGGGCUUUGUAUCGAGGACUCGCGUGUCAACUUGAAGUAUGGCGGAUAUGAUGUGACGGAGACGUUCAUCAAGAUGAUGCUCUACGACAACUUUCCUUAUGCAGAUAUCAACCUCCGAAGGCGUUACGACUUCUUGCUGGCAGAGGAACUGAAGAUCAAGCACUGCACCAUGACCCAAGCGGAUAUCUCUGUGCAACUCUUCCAAUUUCACCUGCGCGCUCCCAACCAGCCAACCCGCAAGUAUCAGUUCAAGACAUACGAUGAGGUAAUCCUGGCACCCAUGGGUUUCUACGACCCAGAAAUGUUUGACAAUUCGACGAAGCUUCGUGGACGAAGGAAACUCAUCGACCGCUCCUACAACGCCUAUGAUGUGGAAGUGCCAGAUGAUCCUUUCUCGGCAGCACAGCUGGCUAUUCUGUCUUUGAACAAGCCUUCAAUAAACCAAUUACCGAGUGCUGCCCCUCCAGGAGCGGAAUUCUCCACGCCGAUGAAGGAGAAGCCCAAUCCAUUCAACCACCUCACUCGCGAUGGGACCCCGCAGGCUUCCAACGCCCCUUCACCAGCACCCGAGGGUGCAAGCACGCCCGUUCCUCCUCCGUUUGUGUUCGGCAAGGACAACACCAACGGGAACGGUAGCCCAUCGCGGAAUGGCGGCACACCAGUGCCCCAGACCAACGGCGCCUCUGCUCAGAACAAUGUCUCCCAGCCUCCACCCGGCAUAUUCGUAGAGCGAGAGGAGAACCCGCUCAAGAAAAUGGCCGAGGAGCGGGACGAAGUGCUGCCGGUCGUCCCACUUGACAUUGCCAUCCUGACCUCGAUCCAGAACGCGGGCAAGACGGACGACAAGAAGGUCCGCGACCUCCUGGGCUCGAUCAUGGUUAUCGGCGGCGGCGCCAAGGUCCCGCACUUCACCACCUACCUCGAGGAAAAGCUUCGCGCCCGGCGGCCGGAUAUCGCCGACAGGAUCUUGGUGUCGCGCAGCGCGAGAGACAUGGACGAGCAGGUGGUGGUGUGGAAGGGCGGCAGCGUCUUCGGCAAACUGUCGAUGAACGACUCGUGGAUCACGCCAUUCGAGUAUGAGAGGCUCGGCCCGAGGGUGCUGCACCACAAGGUCCUCUGGGCUUGGUAG